GUACAAAUCCUACAGUUUCACUGUACAAAUCCUACAGUUUCACUGUACAAAUCUUACAGUUUCACAAUACAAAUCUUACAGUUUCACAGUACAAAUCUUACAAUUUCACAAUACAAAUCUUACAAUUUCACUGUACAAAUCUCACAGUUUCACUGUACAAAUCUUACAGAUUCACUGUACAAAUCUUACAGUUUCACAAUACAAAUCUUACAAUUUCACCGUACAAAUCUUACAGUUUCACUGCACAAUUCUUACAGUUUCACAAUACAAAUCUUACAGUUUCACUGUACAAAUCUUACAGUUUCACAGUACAAAUCUUACAGUUUCACUGUACAAAUCUUACAGUUUCACUGUGCAAAUCUUACAGUUUCAUUGUACAAAUCUUACAGUUUCACUGUACAAAUCUUACAGUUUCAAUUCUUACAGAUUCACAAUACAAAUCUUAUAGUUUCUCUGUAC